UAUAAGCUGCUGGUAUCAUUGAAAUCACUACUGCUUGGUACAAUUUUUAGUGGAAUGGGUAUCAAAAUUAUUAUUGCAUUUUUGCCCUAUCUUUUUCUUUUGUUGGGUCCAUUCACACGGGCCUUUAGCAGCAACCGCCAGUCAUCAGCCGCCUUGCUUUCAGCCUAUCUGCAGCUAUUCCGAAGCCAACCCAUCCUCCCAUCGGAGCUCUCCUUCAACUUCCAGCAACCGAAGAUCCCGUCCCACAAACAUUCCCAUCAGUUCAUCCAAAUCUAAUUCUCUGAAACUGAGAUGAGAAUUAAGACCGGCAUCCAUGCAAAGCCUCAAACUCGUUCACUUUGUAUCUGGAAUUGAUACAAAAACUAGACAGACUGUCAUUACAAUCACUGUUUCGAUUCCUGAAUUUGGCACGGGGGAAAAGAAGAAAGGUAAUGAAGGAGCUGGUUCCUAUGUGGGAAUGGAAGACCUCUCAGGCUCUCAGCUUUCCUCUCCCGUUGGGUUAGGCUAAAUCAUUAAGGUUUUAAGAUUCCAUUCGAUUAUCCAGCCAUAUGAUAAUAACCUAGUGUAUCCCUAAUCACAGGAUAAUAGUCCAUUUUUCCUAAUUAUAGGAUAAUUAAUUAAGGUGUUUUACUGUUUUGUGCUUAAUUGAUACCAUUUCUUCCCCUCAAUAUCAUGCAUAAACUUUUAUUACUACUUCCUUAGAAAUGGUAAUGAAUGACAUGAUGCAAAAUUAGUUCUAAUAUCGUAGUACCAUUUUUCUUCAAGUCAACACUACUGGCAUUUUAAAUUAACUUAACUUAGAGCGUGAGAGCGUGGCUCCUUUCUUCAAGACCUUUUCACGCUUUCAAGGAGUUCAAGGAGAGGGGUUUAGUUGAGAAUGCAUUUCCUACACAGAAGCCCUCCAAAAUUUGAGUGGGCAAAAAUUUCGGCGGCGGCGGUUUCACCUACAAUCUCUGAGAUUACUCUGUCAGUUGGUGCCUCCUGAUUCUGCCGAGUUUUUUCUGCUUUUCUUAAGCUUUAAAUUUCUAGCUUUCACAAGACAAGUAGAAUGCUUGCCCAUGUAUCCAGAAGGCUUAACAUCAAUGAUGGCGCCAGGAAUUUGUUCGUCUUCAAAACCCUCCUCCAAUGCUCCACCGCUACUGCAGCAGUAUCAUCUGCAAAACCCCAGAAAAAUCAUGUCUUGGAAGAAUUCCUGAUAAACUCAAUUGGGUUCUCAAGAGAAGAAGCCAACUCCUCUUCAUCCCUGAAGAAGGUAACGCGCUUGAAACCCAUGAAAAAAGACUUCAGUUUAAUUGUCAAUUUCUUCCAAGAUUUGGGCUUUAGCAAAACCCAGAUCAAAAGUCUUCUUUUGGUAUACCCCCAUUUACUAUUCAAUGAUCUGGACAAAACCCUUAGACCCAAAAUCCGGUUCCUCCAAGAUUUAGGGCUAUCCGGAUCGGACCUAGUCAAGGUUCUUAUGGGUAACAAAACCCUUUUAGGGAGGGGUUUAGAUUCUCACAUCAAACCCCAGCUUGAAUUCUUGAGGAAUUUGUUUGGCAAUGAUGAUAAAGUAGUUUUGGCUUUGAAAAGAUGUUCUUAUUUGCUUGGCUAUUAUGCGCCCAGGAAAAUGGCUGGAAUUAUUCUUUUGUUGCAGAAACUUGGCUUUUCCAAUGACCAUAUCACCAAGCUUAUUAUUCAAAAUCCGAGGGGAGCUCUGGGGUUAAACCCUGACAAGAUUGAGUUAGUAUUCGAUAAAGUGGAGAACUAUCUUGGCAUACCACGAGGGACGCCCAUGUUCGUCCAUGGAUUUAGAGUCAUGUCUUCGAUUAAACAGUCGACUAUCGAUAUGAAAUGGGGAGUUUUGAGGAGUUUUGGUUGGUCUGAUGCGGAUAUACAUAACCUAAUGAGAAAUCUACCUUAUACUUUAAAAGUGUCAGAGGCUAAAAUGAGGAAAAGUUUAGAUUUAUUCAUGAAUGACCUUGGCUAUAGUCCUGCUUACCUAGCUUCCCGGCCUAAGAUUUUUUCUCUAAGUUUGGAAGAUCGCAUAAAGCCAAGAGUUGAGGUUAUGAAAAUUCUGAGUGAGAAGAAGCUGAAAAAGAGGAAUGCAAGCCUGUAUUCUGUCGUGAGCUACAAAGAAUCAAGAUUUAUCAAGGUUUAUCUUCUGCGCUACAAGGAUGAGAUACCUGACGUCUAUGAAUCGUACAUCACAAGACAUCUGAAGAAAAAAAUUGGGAACUUUUACUGUUUUAGAGAAGAAAUAGAACAUGCAUCCACAUUCUUGAGGAUUAUCUUCUGCCUGCCCUACAAGGACAAGAUACCUGAUCUGCAUAAAUCAUGGCUGGAAGCUGUUGCAAGGACCAAACAUGAAUCAGUCAAAAAAGUUGGACUAUUCGGGGGAUUUGCUCGACAGUCGAAUCGAGUAGUCUGCUGCUGCUUGCUAUCGGCGUCCAAUUUCGAGACGAUGCUUACCCGCAUUUCCAAGCUUCGCAUCAAUGGCGGCGAGCGGAAUUUGUUCUGCAAUUAUUUCCUUAACUACUCAACAAAUUUGGCAGCCGUGCAACCUCAGAAUCAUCUCUUCAUCGGCUGCCUCGAACGCUUACUUGGGUUCUCCAGAGAAGAAGCCAUCUCCGCCGCCGGAAAGGUACAGUACUUCAAAUUAUACAAGAAAGACAUCGGUUUGUUCAUCAGUUAUUUUGAAAAUUUGGGUUUAGAUAAAACGCAGAUGAAAACCAUCGCUUCCUCAGAUCCCAAAUUCUUGUUAACCAAUGUGGAGAAGACCCUGAAACCCAAAAUCAGGGUUCUGGAAGAACUUGGCCUAUCUGGGUCGGACCUGGUCAAGGUUAUAAUAGGCUGUAGAUCUGUAUUCAGUAGAGGGUUGGACUCUUUUAUUAGACCUCGGAUUGAAUAUCUUAGGCAAUUGCUGGGUAGUGAUAAGGGAGUUGUUUUAGCUAUAAAGAAAUUUCCUAGGUUGCUUGAUUUUUAUGCACAGACUCGAAUCCAAGCCAAUGUAGUAUUGUUGAAGAAGUUUGGUUGGAGGGAUGAGCAAAUUGCCAAGUUCAUCAUUAGGAAUCCCAGGCGGAUUUUCAUACACAAACCUGAUUGGAUUGAGGAUGUAUUGCAGAGGAUUGAGAAUGAUUAUGGGAUUCCUCGCGAAUCCCCCAUGUUUUAUUAUGCAGUUGACGUGCUCUCUUUGCUUGGUAAGGAGAAUAUCGAGAGAAAGUUGGAAAUUUUGAGAAGUUUUGGAUGGUCGGAUGCGGAUAUAUGGAGAAUGUUUAGGUCUCUACCUGUAACUUUUAACAUGUCAGUGGAUCGAGCGAGAAAAAGUUUGGAUUUUUUCAUGAACGAGCUUGGUUAUGAUUCUGGUUACUUGGCUUCUCACCCUAAGCUUUUCUCUGUGAGUUUGGAUAGAAGGGUUAAGCGUAGGAAUGAAGUUUUGAAAAUCCUGAACGAAAGGAAGUUGAUCAAGAGAAAGACGUCACUUCAUUCCAUUGUCUGCUUACCAGAGUUGAAAUUUGUCAAGCGUUAUCUUCUGCCUCACAAGGAUGAGAUACCUGAUGUCUAUGGAUCAUAUAUCGAGAUGUUAGAAGAUAGGAAAUUUGCGAAACUUUGAUCUGUUUGAGGUAACUCACCGUCUUCAGUUGUUGGUUCAGCGGUUUAAUUCUUGCUUGUCAUCUGUUUUCUUCCUUUUGGAUAUUUUCUCUUGGUGUAAACAUGACGUGAAAAAACCGUGUGAACACUUUCUAGAGGUAGUUUAGUUAGUGGCAGGUCAGAAUUUGGUGCAAGAGUGCUCUUUAUUACUUCUUGUACACAAAGGAAAUGUUGAGGGACUCUCAGUUUUGAAGUAGUUGUUCAGGGAAUAUUUUUGUGUACUUGCUCAACUGGAGCUGCAGAUGGAGAUGGGGAUUAGCUUGUUGUACUGACCAAAGCAAUGGAAAUGGGAAAUUUUGAUUAA